CAAAGCAAACCAGCAACCCGAAUUUCUCGAUUCGGCGCGCAGUGGGGCAUGCUCGAAUCUUAGCCACCAAAUUUUUCGGAGAAAAGCGAUUUUGGGAAUUUUGAAGAGGUUUUUCGAUUGUGGUCACUCUUGAGCUUGAAACCGUGUUGAUCAUACUGUGAAAUAGUGUAGAAAUUGUUCGAAAAUGGCGGGUCUUGAGGAACUCAAGAAGAAACUUACUCCAUUGUUUGAUGCUGAAAAAGGGUUUUCUAUGGACUUCCCUGUGGACCCUUCUGAUUCUUAUACGUUUCCAGACAAUGGGACUGUUAAUUUGCUGAGCCGAUCAUAUGGGGUUUACAAUUUUAAUGAGUUAGGGUUACAAAAAUGCACGUCUUGGCUUGCCGAUGAUUUAGGAAGUAGUGAGAGGACAUAUCGAUGUGCUUCCCGUGAAAUGAGGAUAUUUGGAGCCAUUGGUAGUGGUGCUAGCAGUGUUGUUCAGAGAGCUAUCCACAUUCCUGCUCAUCGAAUCAUGGCAUUAAAGAAGAUUAAUAUCUUUGAGAAGGAGAAAAGACAGCAGCUCCUCACUGAGAUAAGGACACUAUGCGAAGCGCCCUGUUCUGAGGGUCUUGUGGAGUUUCAUGGAGCAUUUUAUACCCCUGAUUCUGGUCAAAUAAGCAUCGCUUUAGAGUACAUGGAUGGAGGGUCGUUGGCAGAUGUCCUGCGUUUGAAAAAAUGUAUACCCGAGCCUGUCCUUUCGUCUAUGUUUCAGAAACUUCUUCAAGGUCUAAGUUACCUGCAUGGAGUGAGACAUUUGGUUCACAGAGAUAUAAAGCCAGCUAAUUUACUUGUAAAUCUAAAGGGUGAAGCAAAGAUUACGGAUUUUGGCAUAAGUGCCGGCUUAGAGAAUUCAAUGGCAAUGUGUGCUACUUUCGUUGGAACUGUCACAUACAUGUCACCAGAGAGAAUUCGAAACGAGAGCUAUUCUUAUCCAGCUGACAUUUGGAGCCUUGGGCUUGCACUCUUUGAGUGUGGUACUGGUGAAUUUCCAUAUUCAGCUACUGAAGGUCUAGUGAACCUUAUGUUGCAGAUUUUGGAUGACCCGUCUCCAUCACCAUCAAAACAGAAGUUUUCGCCAGAGUUUUGCUCGUUUGUCGAUGCCUGCUUGCAGAAAGAAGCAGAUGCUAGGCCAACAGCAGACCAGCUGCUUUCCCACCCAUUUAUCAAAAAAUAUGAGGAUGAACAAAUAGACUUGGCAGCAUUUGUCCAGAAUGUGUUUGAUCCAAUACAGAGGAUGAAGGACGUGGCAGAUAUGUUGACAAUUCAUUAUUACUUGCUUUUUGAUGGAUCUGAUGAAUUCUGGCACCAUACAAAAGCUUUGUACCAUGAAAGCUCAACUUUAAGUUUUUCAGGGAAGCAAUUUUCUGGUCCAGAUGACAUCUUUGCCAAACUAUCAGAUAUUCGAAGUACAUUAGCAGGAGACUGGCCUCUUGAAAAACUAGUUCACGUUGUUGAAAAACUCCAAUGUCGAGCUCACGGUCGGGAUGGAGUUGCCAUAAGGGUGUCAGGAUCCUUCAUCCUCGGGAACCAGUUCCUCAUAUGUGGAGAGGGUGUACAAGUAGAGGGACUGCCAAAUUUUAAGGAUCUCUCCAUUGACAUGGAGAGUAAGAAAAUGGGAUCCUUCCGGGAGCAGUUCAUCAUCGAACCAAGCAACCUCAUCGGUCGUUACUUCAUAGCCAAACAAGAGCUUUAUAUAAUUCAAUAGAAAAAUGCCACUGCUGUUUGAUCCUGUUUGUGCAACUUUUUGUGAAUCUGCAACAAAAUGGAUCAACUCAUCUGUAAUUCCACCUAAUUAUGUGUCAAACCUACUCGAUCGUCAUAACUUAGAAUGCGUCGCAACUAUUUCUCACUCAAGAUAAGUGAGAAUAUGAUCUUAGUUCAAAGCAUGGCUGCCUCGGAAAGGCUUUUGAGGCCUCAUGAAAUUAGUUAGAAUAUGAUCUUAGUUACAAAUGUAUAUUAUAUUUCAUGCUCAUUUGUCUAUUUUGUGGUUUUUAAUCUAAUCUUCAUCAUUUCUAUAGUUA